AUGGGGGAUUUUGUGGAUCGGGGACCGUGUGGGGUGGAGGUGGUAAUGCUGCUGUUUGCACUAAAGGUGGAGUACCCGCAACUUAUUCACAUGCUCAGGGGGAACCACGAGGAUCCACAAACGUCUCGUGUAUAUGGUUUUUUUAACGAGGUGCACGCGAAAUUUGGCUGUGGUGCCCCCUGGGUCCGUUUUAAUGAAAUUUUUUGUUAUUUGCCGCUUGCCGCCGUCGUGACGACACCGCGAAUUCGCUUUUUCGCAUCCCACGGAGGUCUUUCCCCGUCCCUUUCAAAGUCAUUUGACAUUAUAACGACAAUUGAAAGAUCCGACUACGGCAGUGUUCUUGACAACGUUCUUAGCGAGGUUGUUGAUGGUCUCUUGUGGUCCGAUCCCACAGACUCGACAGCGUACUUUUCACGAAACGUGCGGGGAUGCGGAUACCUGUUUGGCCCGCAGGCUAGCCGUGAGUUUUGCCAAGUGAACAAAUUUGACUUCAUCUGUAGAGCUCACCAGGUUGUGGCGGAGGGAUAUGAAUGGAGUCACGACAAUAGGGUGCUCACGGUGUUCUCCGUGCCUAAUUACUGCGGGUUUAGCGGAAAUUUGGGGGCUGCUAUGAUAGUGCAACCCUCUGGUUCCGAAGACGAAGACGAAGACGAAGAAGAGCUGCGCUUUAAGCAAUUCAAGUCAGCCGUAGAGGAUAGUGAGUGUUCACCAUAUUUAGCGAAGCCGUGCGGGGAGUUUGUGUUUGCGGCGUUUGACUGA